ACAGGCGGACAGCAAUUGGCCACGCAGUGCAAAUCUACUGUCAUCCAUCUUCUCCUCCCAUACCCCUCUCUGAUCCAAUAGCCACCCAGGCACCAACAGCCUCUUAUCUGUCUCUCCAAAAAUAUAAAAUGCAAAACCAAGCAACGGCCGAAGUACACUUUGCUCUUAUUACCAGCGCACUUCCCCUUUCAUCUUAACCAAAACAAUGGCUACAUCUCUCACUCUUCCAAACCGUACUCUCGCUUCUCUACUCCCUUCUCACACUCCCAAAACUCAGUCUUCUGUUUCUCAAUCUCUCCCACUUGUCUCCAAAUCCUCGCAGUCUCAGUUUUAUGGCCUUAAGUUCUCUUACUCUUCUUCUCUUUCAAUCCCUUCUUCUUCCUCUUUCAAGACCUCCAUUUCUGCCAAGGUGAACAAAGGUUCAGCACCUCCAUCAUUCACAUUGAAAGAUCAGGAUGGGAAAAAUGUGAGCCUUUCCAAGUUUAAAGGAAAGCCUGUGGUUGUCUAUUUCUACCCUGCUGAUGAGACCCCUGGCUGCACCAAGCAGGCAUGUGCUUUCCGAGAUUCUUAUGAAAAGUUUAAGAAAGCAGGAGCUGAAGUUGUUGGGAUAAGUGGUGAUGACACAUCAUCACACAAGGCAUUUGCCAAGAAAUACAGACUUCCAUUUACAUUGCUGAGUGAUGAGGGCAACAAGGUGAGGCAAGAGUGGGGAGUGCCAUCAGAUCUGUUUGGAGCAUUGCCUGGGAGACAAACCUAUGUUCUUGACAGGAAUGGGGUGGUUCAACUCAUCUACAACAACCAGUUUCAGCCCGAGAAGCAUAUAGAUGAAACCUUAAAACUACUUCAAAGUUUGUAAACGUCUCUAGAAAUUCUUUUUGUUCUCUCCUCCAUCUAACACUUGCAUAUCUGUUCUUGGAGUUAGACAAGUGUUUGCUUUUGUAUGAUUCAAGCUCCUCUGUUUUAAUUGCUAUGGCUGUAAGCUGGAUUUGGACCUACAUUAUAAGUAAACCAGCUGAUCAUUUCUGUUCUAGGAAAUUGAGGUACCCUUGUCCCCUGGAUUUACAAGGUAUGAGAAUUUUUAUGUCAA